AUGGUGGCAUCUCAGCGCCAGCUCAGUAUAGUCCGUGCUCAGAUGCGAAACUGUGAACGCGAGGCAAAACUUCAAGAUCUUACCAUGGAGCAGCUUCAUGGUCUCGGCAGCGAGACGCGUGUGUACAGAGCUGUUGGAAAAAUGUUUAUUCGUGAGAGUUUUGACGACAUCCUGUCAAUUGCCCAAUCGAAACGUGAUCAAGCACAAGAGGAAAGCAAGAUGUUGUCUAAAAAGUGCACAUUCUACGAGAAGGAAUCUGGAGAGGCACAGACCCAUCUCAAGGAUCUGGUAAAUACGAUUGCAAGCCAUACAGGGGCGAGUUCGUGA